AUGAAGACCUUACAUGAGGAUGGGUUUGUGCACACAGAUGUCAAGCCAGAUAACGUGUUAGUUAAUCUGCAAGAAGGCGACAUUCGAUUUUCCGACGUCCAACUAGGCGACUUAGGUAGAUGCUACCCCGCUAACUCGGAGUGGGCUACAUCUGGCACUGUGGUGGGAGCACCGAUGUGGACAAGCCCAGAGAUUCUCAUGGAACUGCCAUGGAACACUGCAGCUGACAUAUGGUCUUUCGGUGCUAUGCUUGUCAGCCUUAUCUACGGUGAACACUUUAACCUCUUCCAACCCAAAGGAUUGAAACGCGAUGACGAAGAGUAUGUGCUUGGGGUUGUCGAAGAGCAAUUCAAAUAUUUUGGACCUUUCCCAGCCAAAAUUGCUGAGAUUGCAGACCCAGAAACUGUCCAAUCUAUUAUGUUAAUCAUGCCAAAUAUCCCUAAAGAGAAGACAACGCCAUUUUCGCGAACUACCGAGAGCGAAGUAAACCAAAGAGACAACAUCUUUAUAUCAAAGAUAAUGAAACUCGAUUGGAGAGACUGUCCGACCGCAAAAGAGUUACUAGAAGAUGAAUGGUGGAAUGAAGACGCGGAAUAA